UCCCAAACGGAAGGUGGUAGUCGCUGCCGGAGCUUGUUUGAAACUGGUGGUCCGGCCCGGCGGAGUGUGUGUGUAGCCGGGGACCCGCUGGAGGGCUAGGCCGUUCCUGAGCGCCCCGGCCCCGCCUCCUCUCGGACCCGCUGACCCAAGCCGGGCUCCCCGCCCGUCUCGUGCCCGAGCCCGCCGCCUCUCCUGCCGGCUCUGCGGCCCAGCCGCCACCAUGUCCCUGCACGGCAAACGGAAGGAGAUCUACAAAUAUGAAGCGCCCUGGACUGUCUACGCCAUGAACUGGAGCGUGCGGCCCGACAAGCGCUUUCGCCUGGCGCUGGGCAGCUUCGUGGAGGAGUACAACAACAAGGUUCAGCUUGUUGGUUUAGACGAAGAGAGUUCGGAGUUUAUUUGCCGAAACACCUUUGACCACCCAUACCCCACCACAAAGCUCAUGUGGAUUCCUGACACGAAAGGCGUCUAUCCAGACCUGCUGGCGACGAGUGGUGACUAUCUCCGUGUGUGGAGGGUUGGUGAAACAGAGACCAGGCUGGAGUGCUUGCUAAACAAUAACAAGAACUCAGACUUCUGUGCUCCCCUGACCUCCUUUGACUGGAACGAGGUGGAUCCUUAUCUUUUAGGUACCUCAAGCAUCGACACAACCUGCACCAUCUGGGGACUGGAGACCGGGCAGGUGCUGGGACGAGUGAAUCUCGUAUCUGGCCAUGUGAAGACCCAGCUAAUUGCCCAUGACAAAGAGGUCUAUGAUAUUGCAUUCAGCCGAGCCGGAGGUGGCAGGGACAUGUUUGCCUCUGUGGGUGCGGAUGGCUCUGUGAGGAUGUUUGACCUCCGCCAUCUGGAACACAGCACCAUCAUUUACGAAGACCCACAGCAUCACCCACUGCUCCGCCUCUGCUGGAAUAAGCAGGACCCUAACUACCUUGCCACCAUGGCCAUGGAUGGAAUGGAGGUGGUAAUUCUGGAUGUUCGAGUUCCCUGCACACCUGUCGCCAGGCUGAACAACCACCGAGCAUGUGUCAAUGGCAUUGCUUGGGCCCCGCAUUCAUCCUGCCACAUCUGCACUGCAGCGGAUGACCAUCAGGCUCUCAUCUGGGACAUCCAACAGAUGCCUCGGGCCAUCGAGGACCCUAUCCUGGCCUACACAGCCGAAGGAGAGAUCAACAAUGUGCAGUGGGCCUCAACUCAGCCGGACUGGAUUGCCAUCUGCUAUAACAACUGCCUGGAGAUACUCCGUGUGUAGUCUUGCUGGCGCUUCACCUACCAGACCGGGGCUUGUGUGUUUCAGCCUCUGCCCCUUCCCUCCCCAGUGGCCAGUAUGUCUGUUGUUGCUUUACACCCACUGUGUCCAGAAGCUGCUGUAGGAGUCCAGGCCAGUUGCCCCUCGCUAUUGUGCAGGACUGUGCUGUGUGGCACACCACAUCCCAGGGCUGGGUUUUACAAUUUCUCUCCUUUCCUCUUUGCUUCUUCAAUUAAACAUUUCUGUAUAUAUGUUUGUCAGCUGUUGUGUUCAUGAACAGUACGAGCACUGGCUCUGUCUGUCCAGUUGCCCCGUGUCUCUGUUUGUGCCUGAGGCAGUAGUCCGCGUCUUGCCCCAUCCGUGUCCAUGCUAGCACUUAAGUGGGACAAAUGCCAACUUCAAGUUGUCUUUCCUCCUGGUAUUAGUGUCUUUUAACACACCUCAACUUUGUAUAUUUUUUAUCUAUCAGGCUAAUUUUUUAUGAAAAGAAUUUAAUCUUCCUGGUUUCUUGGUUUCCUCCCCUCUUUGUACCUUCCUUUCCUCCCUUGGUGCCUGCAGUGGGUACUGGACCCUAGACCGCAAGACCAGUUUGCCUUUCCGAGUAACUGCCUGCAUGGCACACCCCGAGUUCAGAACUGCGCUGGUGCUCUAAGGGCUUCUGACUCCCACCUUUCUCAGUCUGGGUCUCCUGAAGGCCUGGCAGGUGCAGGACAGACAUAGGAAGCCUUCUGUUCCACCCUCACCUUCCUCUCUGGCUUCGUAAUGACUGCCGGUGAAGCUGAGAAGCCGUUGAGUAGGGGCCAGGCUGAGGGAGAAUCGUUUCAGGAAAGCUGAACUUACAUUGAAUCUCCAGUACCUGGUUUCAGAAUCUAUUUUUCCAUUUUAGAACUUGAAUGAUAGGCAAGAAGGAUCUCUAAGCUAAGCUUCGGGAUUUGUUUGUUGCGUUUCCUCUACCUGGUGGGAUACCAGCCCAUCUCUGGAUUGAGUGCUCUGAAUGAGAGACUCCAGAGAGAUGCUGUCUGGCCUGACCCUGAACAUGGUCUAGAUUGAGAUAAAUGGGCAGUUCUCAUAAAGAAUGGGCUAAUCAGCUGUGGUGAUUCCAGGCCACCAAGUAAAUGGCUAUGAAAGAACCAUAGGGCCCAGGGUCCGCCAUCGAGGCUUCUCUACACCUGUGACACCCUCGCCUGAGCUUAGGUUCUGAGCAGUAUUGGACUUUGUAGGCUACAGUUGGCUGUGCUGACUUAGAGGCCUCGGGUGUGUUUCCGUUACGUGAAUGGCUUCCAUGGAGGGGACUUGUGUGGUUCUGACUUUAGAUGAGUCCCUGGCAGUUUGGGCCAUACUCUGGAGAGUUUUCCUGACUUAUUUUCUGCCGAGCUACCCGAAGGUUUCUCAAAUUCCCUGACAUGAGGAGAGUAGUGGGCCUGAAAUCUGAUGCUUUUGCCCACUCGCUGUCAUUGCUGGGGAAAUAAACACUGACUCAUUGUUCUGGGCACGUGGGCUCUCUGGCCGAGUCUUUGCCCGCCUCUUACAGCUGCUGCAGCUGUAUGCCAAAAGUCUUAGAUCACUUCGCCACAUAGGGGCUCGUCCCAAAGGAAAGGCAUUUUCAGUCAAGGUAUUCCCCCUUGGCCUUCCUGGUUUGUCAUUCUGAUCCUGGUCUCUAGCUGUCUGUCUGAUUGAUAUUAAUGUUCCUGCACUAUCAUGUGCUUUGCUCUGUAUCAUUUGCAGAUAGAGAACACAAUUUGUGGUUACCUCUGCUUUUAGUGGUGUUUGCUAGCUAGUACAGGGUCCUUGAGGGCAGCAGGCUUGCCAAUUUAGGUUGCUCCUGUAGGAGCCCCCAGUUUCUUCCUGGGCUGAGUCUACAGUGGACAGUGGUAGUGGUCCUGCUGGGAAGGGCCUCUGUGUUCUGGGUGGGCUUUAACUUGGGCUAAAUCAUGGGAUUUGUCAGCUGGAACUUGAAGGCAAAGUUUUUAAAAGUAGUAGUUAUUAGAAUAGAUUUGUAUGUGGUAACUAUGUGCUUUGGAAACCAGCCACCUGUGACCAUCUUUCCCUCGCUCUGUGGAUGUUGGUCAUUUUUAGCCUGCCUUUCUUUUCCCUCCAUCUAGACAGGUAAGGCUCUCACUGUCUUCAUCUUCAAAUAUGCACACACCCACAGUUGCAGGGUUGCUGGCAUUUUGAAGUGCCAGCUCUCUCACCCUCCUUUUAGAGCAUGGAUUGGUUGCCCUGUGGCUGAAGAAGAGACUUCUGUAGCCUUGAGACAUAGAAAGUCACUUAGUCUGCCUUCUUCCCAGAAGCACAAGUCUAUUAAAGUCUCAGAAGUCAGUCUGGGCCAGGAUGUGGUGGCGCACGCCUUUAAUCCCAGCACUCGGGAGGCAGAGGCAGGCGGAUCUCUGUGAGUUCGAGGCCAGCCUGGUCUACAAGAGCUAGUUCCGGGACGGGCACCAAAGCUACAAAGAAACCCUGUCUCGAAAAACAAACAAACAAAUAAAAAGUCAGUCUGUUUAGAUUUGCUAGUUCUUGGACUGAUGGGGAGGUAGGUCAGGACCUCCACACAUGUUUUCCUCCAGGGAUGGUAGCUCCAGGCUCUGGUGUGGCUGCAGUGCUAUUUGCACUUGGCUCUGGCAUGCUGAGCCAGAGGCUCUGGCCUGUGCUUUCUGUGUCUGCUGGUGGGAGGGUGAUGCUCACAUUAGCCGAGAGCUGAACCGCUGCAUGGGUCUGAGGCGCUCCUGGGCUUGAACUUUUCUCCGCAGGAGAUUGUGUCUCUCCCCUGGUCUGCAAGGUUAGGGCUUGAAGAGUGAUGGCCCCUGACAACUGGGUGAUAAUUUCCAUCAAACUCACAACUGGGUCUCGGAUAACUGGCUCCAAGUCAGGAAGAACAGAAAAAAAUCAGGAUCCUAGUGUUUUGAUGGUUGUUACACUUGAAGUCUGAUACUUUAGGGUGUAGAAGAAAAUGAGUUCUUCAGAUCACAGAAGGAAGAGGCUCGGGAACACAGAGGUCUGCAGGGAGGACGUUGAGAGUGGACCUGUGCUCAGCCUAGGUUGGCCUUCCAGUGCCGCUAACCAAACAUCUGGGUCACUGGGUAGCUAGGAAUGGGGUGAAGCUAGGGGCAGAGAGCCCUUCCCACAGCAAGGCUGCUAUAGGCGAUACCUGCUGGGUAAAUUUGAAGUGUUGGGUGUGCCGUGACAGCACAUGAUGAUGCUGUUUUGUUUUAUUUUGUCUGAGGCAGGGCCUUGCGUUGUAGUCUAGACUGCCCUUGAACUUGGGAUCUUCUUAACUUACUUCAGUCUCCCUGAGUGCUGGGAUUACAGGUAUGUGCCACUAUCCCCAGCAUCCAUGGUUCUUCUUGUAGAUCCCCCUCUUCCCUUAUCUUCCCUUUAGUUUUAAUUUUUCAUGGUGUGUGUGUGUGUGUGUUUAUGUGUGUGUCGGUGGGGAUCCAACGUAGGCCCUCACACAUGCUAGGCAAGUGUUCUACCAUAGAACUACCCUCUAGCCCUUCCUCUUUUGUUUUUCUUUUCCUAUCCUAUUCCCUUUCCUCUGGAGAGUGUUCUCCCUUCUUCCUGAUGUGUCCUGGGCCCUAGAUUCCUAGACUGUAAGGACAUGUAGGACUCUGGAGUUUACCAGACAUGGCUGAGCAGUCCAGAACUGCCUAAUUUCCCCAUUUUGAAAAUAUGGCAGUUCAUUUAAUCACCUGGCUUAGGAUAGACACUACCAUUGCAAUAGAGACCUCAAAGCACGUGCUUCCUUUAGAGCCUGUGCUCGGCAUGAGGCAGGUGGGGCCUGCUUGGCAUUUAGGUUGAUUUUCUGAGAGGAGAGCUGACCGGAGCAGUGUCACCAUGAACCCUGAGCCAGGCUUUCCCAGAAUUGUCCUCUCUGCUCUGGUGAGGCCACAGCUGUGUGUCUCAUGUCUCAGAGCUUGUUCACCUCACCCAACUGCGUUCUCUCUUCCUCCCAUACUGUCAUUGUUCUCAUGGCCAGAGUCAAGCAUGAGGCAUUAUUGGAUGGGCAAGCGUCUUGGGCUGCUAUCUGGAUGUCACUUUUUAAAUAUGAAAACAUGCAGCUGCCUUCUCCAGGAGGCUUGAACUAAUGUGUCAACCAGAAACAAAAAGCUAAGGGAAGUUUGAACUCCAGAAGAAAAAUGUUGGGAAAUGUACGAGCACCACCUUUGGGAUCAGUGAUGCUGAACUGUGUGCGAUCUACUAUUUGAAAGAAAUGUUCUCCCAUUGGGCUGAUUGUGAUAGACAAUGUGUUAGGAAAACUGUUGACCUGAAGCUUUGAAUUGCUUUAGUCAAAUGAGUCACUUGCUUUGGUCCCCCUCCGUCAGCGACCCUCCCUUGCCCUGCCCUCGUGUGAAUUACAGCAUGAUUGUACAAAGCUCUGUGCGGACAAUGGAGAGUUCUUGUUCUACAAAGUGUUAAGCUCUAACUGAUCACUUCUGUGCCCUUUGAUCUCAUGUGUGAACGUGCUUUCUUACAUAUUUAAACUUCCCUUCUGUUGUACAGCUUUUGUGGCAUCCCUUGUUGAGGUGGAGAGGAAGCUACCCCUUUGCAGAACUGUACUGUAACCAUUUCUCUCUGUGAAUAUUAUUUUCACAGGGCUGAUUGUACACAGGGCUUGUAAUAAAAUUUUAACACUGUGCUGUGAAUGAGCUUAGGAUUCUCCACCGGAGGCGACUUGAAACGCAGCCGAGAGUGGAGUGUUCUUUCUGUGACUUUACUUCUUCCUCGUACAUUAAGUCUCUGCGUUCUGUUUCAGCCUCCUGUAUAAGAAGUACCGUAUUUUCUGCCCAUCAUACUUUGUAAUAAAACUUGAACAUGUAUAGAUUGAA